AAUAAGCCGUGCUUUCGUCGAAGUUGCUAGCCAGCUAGUCGUCUGGUUGCCAGAUAUGCUUUCUUAAACGAUUAGUAGAUGUAAGGUAUGAAUUGUAGCGUUUUAACUGACAGUUUUAAUAUAUCAAUGAUUACUACAUCAUUUUAUAAAUUCGUUUCCAUCCAUUUGACCAAAGAAUGGACGGGGCGUUAGCUAACAUUUCCGUGAGAGUCGAUUGGAUUGCUUAAUGUAUUUCUGCACGGUUACCGGCUGGCAUAGACAAGCCAACUGUGUGACUGAAAUGACUGUUUCUACCCCAACAUUUGUUCAUAACGUUACUGUGCUAUAGAAGAGGAAUCUGUUUUGUAUGCAACUAGUCCAUUCGGCUAGCUAGUUAGCUACCCAAGGCCAGAUAGGCAUUACGUUUAGGGAAAGCGGUUAUCAUCAUAAUUAUCAUCAUGGCCAGUAUUGAUGUGAGCACAAGCGAAGAUGGACCUGUCAACGGGCACACGUCAUGGGCUUGCAAAUCACAGGAGCGCCAACUCUCUGACAUCCUUCUCCCAGUACAAUCAAGUGACAACACUGACAUCAGUCAGAUCGACAGAGACACACCAAACGGGUGUGUUCCAGUGCUCCUGGAGCAGAUAGAGGAGGGGUCUCCGUGUGUCAUCACCCUGUGCUGUGCACCCCACUGCCCUGCCCUCAUCACCAGCCUGCUGGUGACCAGCGAGGCCCGCACAAUUGAGGUCUACUCCCAGGCUGGGGACUACUGUGGCACCUGCCGCGGGGAGAGAGACCCCAACGCACAGCCUGACAGUGCAGAGAGAGGACCCUUCUACAGGAAUCACUUAAUAUUGGAGUCCCCUACCACAUCAUGUGAGGUGAAGCUGCUGUCUCUUGGUGGGCGAGGGAGCGUGGCUGUGGCUCGGGUCGUGAUGGGCCUGCAGACAAUGACAUCUGCGGACUGCUCUCUGAGCCUGGGGCCCAGCAUCGACAUGCUCCGUGUGCAGUCCAUGAUGGAGGAAAUGGGCACCAGCCUCUCACCGGGGGCCCAGAGCCUAAUGAACAUGGUCCAGUUUCAGCAGAAGAACAAAGCUGACUCACUGAGUGGGUUUCUGCCCUUCCUCUUGGGCAGUGGGGCUCUCUCUGCUCUUGCUAAAGGAACUAACGGACCCUCUGAAGCUACAGCUGACAUUCAACAGCCUUCAGUCAACACCAGCUUCCAGCCAGACAAGAUGUCUGACUCUGCCUCCUCAGAUCCAUUUCCCCAGUCUCGGGCAGCCUCCAAUACUCACACCAGCCUGGCAGACAUGAUGUCACCCUUCCUUAAUGGCCAGCCAGGAGGACGGAGGCCCUGCAUCGGCCCAGACAUGCUCCCUAUGCUACAGAGUGUGUGUGGGCAGGUGACACAGCUCCGCAUCGAGGACGCCUCAAAGACAUCCAGUGGCCCGCGGCAGGAGCAUGUCUGCUGCAGAGAGCUGGAGCAGGUUAUGGAGAGACGUCUGGGCCAGAUGGAGAGGAGGCUGAUGGAACACAUGGACCAGCGGCUUGACGCCCUGCAACUGCGCCUGGAAACGGCCUUACUGCAGACCCUGGACCUUCCCCUUAGCCACCUCAAGACCACAGCACCCAUGCUUGACCAGCCUCAGGCCCUGCACUAACUUCAGACCUAGUUCCUGCACUAACUCAAUCCCAACUCCGGCCUCUAUCCAAACCACAGCCCCUGCCUCAUCCCCUACCCCAGGCCCCACUGACUCCAGCCCCUUGCAUUGACUCCAGCCCCUACCCUACCCUAUCCCCAGCCCCAUGCACCAGUCACAGCCCCUGCACUGACUGCGACCAAUAACCUGCACCCAAUAACCAGCACUCAAUAAACUGAACCCAAUAACCCAACUCUCCAGAGACAAGCUGCUUUUGACUGUAGUUUUACCACUUGCGCAUGUUUGUAAAAUAAUGUCUGUCUGUGUGUGUUGUAAAUUUGACUCCCUUUCAUAUUCUGUAUAUUAACAGACGGUUUAAAUAACUGCACUGUAUGAUCAAAGAGUGAAAAUAAAUGUAUUUAUACUGUAACAA